AUGGCUUCUCAGAGAGCUCUGAGGACGUGCUCAGGACAGGGGCCCAGACAACACCCGGGUCCGGAGGUCAGUUCUGAGGCUGCAGCUGCGAAGGGUCCCCGCCAUCGGGGCGAGUGCGCAGCGCGGGGCGCGGCGCUGCGGGUGGGUCUGCAGGGUCCGGGCGCGCGGAGGGCAGUGGCACCAAACCAGGCUGCGCGGGACAGUCGGGGUCCUCGCCCUUGGAGCCGGGGCGGCAGCGGGGGGCGGCUGCAGGUACUGGGAUGUCUGGGGCCCCUGGGAGGGGGGAGACGGGAGGGGUGGCGGAGGUGGGGUGUCUGGGGUGGGGGACAGCGGGGACUCCGUCUGGGACGGGUGGCGGAGGAGCGUCGGUGGCGGUCGCAGCGUGCAGGGGCUGCAGGGACAGACCUGAGGACUUGGCAGUUGGAUGGAGAAGCCGGGAAGGCCUGUCGUGUCAUGAUGCUGCCUCUCAGCACCAUCGAGGGCAAGGACACCCCCACCGAGGAGGUGAAGACCAAGCCACCUGAGAAAGGAGUCCUGUUUUUUGAGAACCACGAUAAGGCGCCAAGGAAGCCCCCCAGAAUGAAGGGAACGAUGUCGUUCAGAUUCCUGCCGUUCUGUACUGUGCUACCAUGGGAAUCUUCUGAGGCAGCCGUGGGCGGUGGCCCAGAACAGACACUGAGCAAGCGCAUCCGCUCCUGCCCGGCAGCCUGGAGAGAACCUGGGUCUGGAGGGAAGGCCUGUCGUGUCAUGAUGCUGCCUCUCAGCACCAUCGAGGGCAAGGACACCCCCACCGAGGAGGUGAAGACCAAGCCACCUGAGAAAGGAGCCCUGCUCUCUGCGACCCCCGAGGAGCCGCCAAAGAAGCCCCCCAGAAUGAAGGGGAGGAUGUCAUUCCGAGUGCUGCCCAUCUGCCCGAUGCCAAGUGUCUGCUUCACCUAUUCUGUGGAGCAAGAUGACUCUGACUUGGAUGCCCAAGCUCCUCCUGAACCUUCCAAGCCUGACUCGAAUUGCACCUUCGUUCCUCUGCCUGUUCUGGAGUUUCGUGAAGUCAAGGUGUGGGAGUGCCCCCUGUGCUGUCUCAGCUUUGUCUCUGCUUCCUAAUUCCUGAGAUCCCUCUGCUUCCUGCUCUUGACUGGGCACCCCCAAACCAUGCAUGCUGGGCUCCUGUGAUGUAAACCCCCAAAUACAGCUGCUUAAAUAAACGGAAGUAGUGGUG